UGAUUAUACUGGCUUUGCAUGCUUUGCUUGCUUUGGCUUGACUUGACAUUGAAAAUAACCAAAAUAUUUUGCUUUGCUUUGCUAAAAUAAAUUUAAAAUGUAUUUCUUGGAUUGUGUGUCCAAUAACUAAAACUCCUGAAUCAGACCAUCAAAUAAUCAGUUUCUUGCUACAAUGGAAGAGACUAGUGCGGGUCCUCCGCAGCCGAAGCAGCCUCUUAAUGAUGAAACUAUUGAAGGAGCAUGGAUAGUGAGCCAGUCGAAGAAAACCGGCCGUAGUUACUAUUUCAAUACCUUAACUGGUAAAGCUGUUUGGCAUCUUAGCGAAACCCAGGUGAAGAAGAAUACUAAGCUUGCAAUGAGUCAACAAGCAUCUCGCAAUGGUGUGCCCGAGGUGGCUGGCCCCGAGGGAAACCUGAAAAUAACCAAGAGCAUAGAGAACAAGCCAGCCGUGAACCCAUGCUUUCCCUACAAUGCAAACAUGCUAAAUAUGAUGAAUGCUUUUAACCCUGUAGCAGCCAUGUGCCCUCCCCCCAUGCCUCCUCACAUGGUCCCUCCUCAGUUGCCAGGCACAGCUGCCACUCUACCGGGUCAAGUUGUCCCCCCAUACAAUGCUUCAUGGUCAGUGCCACCACAUCUCAUGUAUGCCCAAAUGCCACCUUGGUUUUCAACUGAAAUGUCAUGCCAAAAAACAGCAAUACCACUGUCGGAACGCUUCAAGAAAAUUAAUGAAACCGUCAAGGAAGAUACUAAUAUCUUGCCCAAUGAGAAGAUUGAUAAAGAAGAUGCUCCUGUGCCCAAUGCCACUGUUGUUAGGAAUUUUAAACUGAAAAAAGAUCCUGGUACUGUGGGAACACAGUUUGAUCUCCGGCAAGUUUUACUUGCUAAAAGAAAAUUACACCCAUCUAUUGAUGAAAGUGAUGGUAAUACAGUGCCCAUAUUUGAGAGAAGUGAUAACAUGAUCCAUAAGCAGAUGGAAUACUUGAAUAUGUCAGAUGGAGACCAACAUAGUCCUGAAGAGGAAUUGCAAGAUGAGAGAGAAACAGAAGAUCAGCUGGUAGCUGGUGACACUCAAGUCACAACUAAGAAAGUUAGAUUUGCUGACAAUUUGGAGACUGAACAUGACAUAGAUCACAGUGAUGAUAAUGAUGAGCUGUGGCUUUCUGAAAACAGAAACAUCCUUGGAACAGACGCCAAGCUGGACUUGACCUCUCUGAAAGAAUUUACAGGGUGUACAGAAACAGACUUCCUGUUUAUUCUGGCUGACACAAAUGUCUUAUACUGUAACUUAACUUUCCUGGAUAUACUCAUCAAUUCAGACCCUCAAUGCAAGCUGCUGGUGGCCCAGCGCGUGCACGGCGAGGUGCACGUGGCGGCCAUGCAGCGCGAGGGCGAGGCGCGCGCGCGCACCGCCGCGCGGUUCAUAGCGCAGCAGCUGGCGGCGCGAACCGCGCUCACUGACGCGGAGCUGCUGCAGACGGGCUCGUCUCUCAGCCGCCCCGACGGCGACGACGCGAUACUGGAGUGCUGCAUGCGGCUGUUGCGGCGGCACGUACACUUUAUCGUCCUCUCGAAUGAUAAACUACUGCAAAGAAAAACGGAGAUGGCCUCCAUAAAAGCAUUUACAGUUAAACAGUUGAAAAACUUUCUGGCAUAUUAUCAGAGGCGGCCAAAAACCUCUCAUAUUAGUAACAAACCUAUAUACGUAACCGUUGGAAAUAAAGGUUCUAUUCACUCGACAACUAACAAUAGUGAUGAAUAUGGUGAUUACAAUGGUGCACUCACUUCUCAGUCACAUGAUUACAACGAUGAGACGGAGGAUCAAGGAGAGACAUAUCAAGGUGAAUUAGAGGAGCAACUUGAUCCUUAUAAUGAGGUUGAUGAACAAGAUGAUGAGAAUUAUAAAGUGGAAGAUAAUUUUGAUGAUGAUGGUAAUUAUAAUGAGGAAGUUCUUGAUGAAGCAGAUUAUACGGAAGAAAAUAUCGACAAUGUUGAUGAUGAAGAAGGAAAUGACGAUAAAAUAGAGGAUUAUAAUUUUUACGACGGUGCUGGCACAACUAAUCCCUACAUACCUGAGUCGCAUGACGUUCAAGAACCAAUUGAAACGGAAAGUAGCUUUUACACUGACGAUUACGGCGAUGUCCCACCCAACGAGUUCUAUAUCAAUCCAAUAAACAUCUCUACUCAAACUAAAAGGGACAGAGAUAUAGCUGAGAUCAGAACAAAAUUAUUACUUCACGAAAGCCAAGGUUUAUUAAAUAAACAAACUGUUCCCAGUAAUAGAACAUUACAAAGAACCAAGUCUGUGCCAUGCCCCCAAACAAAUGAACCCAGUAAUAAUACUGACCAAAGUAAACAGUUCCCUGUAGCGAGUGGCCAAACUGAAAAGCAGAAUUUCAUUAAUACUCUCGAAAAGCGAACAUUACAAAGAACCAAAUCAGUGCCUUUACCUCAAGAAACUGUACCCAGUAAUAACACCGCACAAAGUAACCAAGGAUUAUCAAGUGAACAAACAGAAACAGAAAAGCAGAAUUUAACUAAUACUCCCAAAAAGCGUGCAAUUCGUCUAAAACGAAGCGCAUCCGUAGUAAAGACAUUGCCAAUGGAGUCAGUGCCAGUCAGUGAAAAGAAACACUUCAAAUGGCGUCGAAGAAGAAUCUCUGAAACUCCAGUACAGAAGAAAGACAAUACUGUUGUUACUUCAAAAAUAGAUCCAGUGCAAAAGAAAGAUAAUAGAGUAGUUGUUACUUCAAAAAUAGAUCCAGUACAAAAGAAAGAUAAUAGAGUAGUUGUUACUUCAAAAAUAGAUCCAGUACAAAAGAAAGAUAAUAGAGUAGUUGUUACUUCAAAAAUAGAUAGCAUAAAGGAUAAUACCGCAACUGUUAUUAACACUGCUAAAAUUGUCAAUGCUAAUAUUGAACAAAUGCGAGUAACUCCAAAGUCGCCAGCAAAAGAACCAGAAAGUGAAUAUGAAGAAAGUAUACCAGAAAAAAGAAACGUAAAUAACUCUAUCAAUCAAACUAUUAUUGAAGAAUCGCCGGUUUCUGAAAGUGUUAUAUCAAAUAGUAGGAGCUCUGUCUUUUCUGGUCGAAAUCUAUCAGCGCAAAUGAUUAGCACAAUGUGUCACGAAAGAAAGUCCAAGCCAUUGGUAGUUACUAAUGAUGAUGAGUUUUUUAAGAUAAAAGAUCCAGUUAUGGAAGAGCGAUUGAAGAUAGGCAUGGAGGAAUGGGUGUCCAGAUAUGUACAGAUAAUGGAAGAAGCUCUCACGAAUAUUCUACAGCGUAAAGACCUCAACAUCGCGGUGGCGUGGCCGGCGCCGUGGUCCGUGCACGAGGCGGCCGAGUGUCUGCGGCGGGCGUAUCGCGACCGCGCGCAGCUCGCCCGCGCCGCCGCCGAGCUCACCGCCACGCUGUUUAAUAUCAGUGACGCUAGAGGUAUCAUUCGAAAAAAUAUCAAACCUGCGGAGUAUAUGCAGAUGUUUAGUUACGGCGUGUAUCUACUGCACUCGUUUAUGACGGAAGUGUCCAACACAGAAGAGCUGCAAACCUCUAUCCAGCUGCUAUCCAGUUUACUAGAAGACAUCUCGACCCCCGCGGCCGACACACUGGACAUGAGCGUGUCCGCCGCUGAAUCACAAGACGUGUCAGAGGCUGACACCGUUUCUGAAGACAGGCUACGAGCCCCGAUAGAGCCGCGCAGUCCGGACGAGGAGCCUUCGCAAACGAGUUUAGAUACAAAGAGCCAAGAUACUGCGCAGGGAAAAAGUUUGCAGCAAAACGUAAAGUUCAUUAGGAAUUUCAACCUCGAUGAUAGUUUUCUUAAAAACUUGGGACAAAAAAAGCAACAGAAAGAGCAACAACUAAACGCGAAUAAAAUACCAGAAGCGAUCCUAGAAUGUUCUACAAUAGACACAACCAAACACACACCCACUACUCCAGAAGAAAAUACAAACGACGUGAAUGAAGACAACAGUUUUAAACCGAAAAUAAUAAUGAACUUUAGCAAAUGUGCAGAAUUUGAACAGAAAUUGCUAAGAAAAGUAAACGGCAUGGUUGAUUUAGACAUGCUAGAUUAUUCAGAAGGAGAACUAGACUACGAGGAAAUGGAGGAUGAUAAUGAGCUUUAUGAUGGUUACUUGGAUGGUGAUGAAGAUAAAGAUGAUUACCAUGAAGAGUUGAAUGGUAUAGAGGGGAUGGGGGACGAAUCUAACACUGCCAAUGAACAAACUGAGACUGAUAGUAAUAAUAAUGUUGAGAUAUUCGUGAAAAAGUUUCUCAGAAAAAUAAAAGAGACUUUCUUGCAAAUACAAAGAUUUUGUGAACACACGUUGGCCGAGCUGCAAGACCCGCACCUCAGUCCGCACAAGAAGCACGAGCUGUCGGAGCAGGCGGAGGACGCGCACUCGCUCAUCACCACCCUGCGGCAGACGCUGAGGAGUAUACUGGACCGCGAGCCGAGCGGUCGAGAGAGCGACAUCCAGUCGUUCCUGAGCAAGCCGGGCUUGAGGCGGGACGUGUGCGGCGCUCAGCUGUCCACUUACAGGGAUAUAAUCGACAAGUGCGCGUCGCAAGCAGACAUCCUGUUAUCGGCGCUCAGCUCCAUCAGCCAACUGCUGCUCGCCAUGUGAUGGCCUUGUUAUGUUUUGUAUCAUUAAGAUAUGUUAUAUUAAGUAUAACAGAUUUUAUUAAAACACUUAGUUUUUUACAAAAUA